AAGGAAGAGCAUGGUACUAUUGAUUGUCACCUAAGUUGCAUAAUUUUUAUAGGGCUGCCACCACCCACCAGUACCAAAACCCCACCUCUAUCAAUCACAAGCUAUCCUGGACCAUACAAAGCUUUUCUUAGAAAUUUUCGAUCAUCCAUCAUAUCUUUUUAUUCCUCUUGUUACAAAUUAUCAAUUCACAUUCAUAGAUAUAGUAUUCAUAGUUAUAUAUAAAAUAUAUUAUAUAUAUAGAGCUUAAAAUUAUUAAGAUAAGGAGACUGAAAGACAUGCUCAAUUCUCAUCAGCUUCCAAGGCAUUUCAUUGCACCUGAUAUUAAAACCGUACAAUCAUCCCUUUCCUCUGAUCAACGCGGUACCCUUUUGCUUAUAAACAACAUCAACCUCAUCCUCUUCCUCUUCUUCAGAUUUCUUUCUCUUCUUCGCGUCCCUCGUUUCAAGGGCUAGACAUACAUCUUCAUCUUCAUCUUCAUCUUCACUUGCAGGAUCGAUCUUAAUUUUUGUGGUUUCAGGUUUUGAGGGUGUUCAGGGUGAUGGGUUUGAGUACCAAGCAAGUUUCUAGUGAUGGGCUCGAUUGGAGCCAGGCCAGCUUGUUGCAAGGUCAGACUUUUCAGCUCCCAAAAUCACCUUCUGCCAUGAGGAGGCAACAACCUGAGCCUUUGAAGUGCCCAAGGUGUGAAUCUACCAACACAAAGUUCUGCUACUACAACAACUACAACAAGCAACAGCCGAGGCACUUCUGCAGAGCUUGCAAGCGGCAUUGGACCAAAGGCGGCACUCUCCGGAACGUCCCUGUUGGCGGUGGCCGCAAAAACAAGCGCCUAAAGAAAUCAUCAAACAGUACUUCUGCCUCUGCUGCAGCCACAACAACCACCACGAACAGUGCGGCAAUUGAUCAAACAGAUCACCAAGAGCAGAAACCCAUGUCUCAAGUUUUCUAUCAGGCGCUGCCUCAACAGAAUUUGGAUAAUACUAUCAUCUUUUCGUCCUCAUCAUCACCGGGUUUAAGUGCCAGUACUCUGCCUUUCCUUCAUCAGAGUAGAAACUUGAGCUUUCCCUUCUCAAGCUCAAUUAGCACUACUUCAAGUUCCUUUGACACAAACUUGUCUUCCAUCUCAACAUCUUUGCAAUCCUCAAAUGUUUAUAACUACGCCACCGCGGCAACCGAGGAUCAAUUCAAAGCCAUGGAGGAGCCAACCAUUACAAGCAUCAUGCCCAACAUUUCUCAGCCUAAUUGGAAAGUGCCCACUUCAAGCAACGGCAUGGAUGUGUAUUCAAACGACUGGAACUGGGAAGACAUUGAAACCCUUGUUUCUACUGAUCUCAAUCUGCCUUGGGACGGUUCUGAUAUAAAACCAUAAGAGGAAUUAGGUUUCUGUUUGAAUUGGGUGUGUUCAUGAGGCAGAGGAAACAGUCUCUUUCUUCUCUUAAUGUCAUUGUCAGUUUGUCACAGUUUCUACUUGACCAGGUGAUAAAUAAUUUCUGCUAGUUAUUAAAUUUAUGCAGAGAGAUGUAGACUGUUUGAAGCUGUCUUUUUUUCUUCUUUUUAUUUAUUUAUAGGUUUUUCUUCUUAAGAAUUAAGAUGUCCAUUAAUUUGUAACUCUUUCCUGAGAUUGUUCAUUAUUACAAUAUGAAUGAAAAUUGAUAGAGUGUAAGUGAGUGCUUUGUGAUAGGGAAAUGGGUCUCCUACAGGAGGGCUGACAGACAGACAGAAGAGAAUGAGAUGGAAGAUUCUUGUGGAUAUACAUAUGUAAUGUAUAUUUGGAUAUCUGAAUUAGAUUACAUGGAUUUGUUUGCCCAUAUUUUAUGACCACUGGUUCAGAAUCAUGCUUUGCUUCAAGU